AUGCUCAGUAUUGGGUAUCCCAUUCGUCUAGUCAUGUUUAUGUCGACGACGAUAGGAAUCUUUGCACGGGUGGAUUUCGACGACUGGCACUGUGGAAGCAGCGAUUUCACUCGUCGAAUGUCAUUUGAGAGUAUAACUGAGAAGUGCGAAAGCAUCAUGCUGGCAGUGAACCAUUGCUGUGUAGUGCAUGACGUUUGUUACACGCAUCAACUCGGACAGGAGCAAUGCGAUGAGCAGUUCUGCGAAUGCAAUCGACUUCAUUUGUUUCAUUUGUGGCUAGUUCAAAACUGCGAUUAA